AUGUCAUUGUCGAAGAGUAACAAUAUUGUGAAGUUGAAGAGUUCGGAUAAUAAGACUUUCGACGUGGAAGAGGCUGUGGCCGUGCAGUCUGAAACCCUCAAGAACAUGGUUGAUGACGGGUGCGCUAACGACACGAUUCCAAUGCCAAACGUGAGUGGCAAGAUCCUAGAGAUGGUGUUGGGGUGGUGCAAGAAGCAUGUGGACGAGACAGUCACCGGGGACGAACUCAACAAGUACGAAGCUGACUUUCUUGACCUUGAUCAGGAGGUUCUCUACGGUCUGCUAAUGGCUGCAAACUUUCUCAAUGUCAAGGGCUUGUUGGACCGAGUAUUGCAGAGGGUUGCUGACAUGAUUAAAGGAAAACAACCGGAAGAAAUACGCAGAAUAUUUAACAUCAAGAAUGAUUUCACUCCUGAAGAAGAGGAAGAAAUCCGCUUGGAGAAUGCUUGGGCCUUUGAGUGACGUGCGUC